AUGGCCGCCCACGGCUCAGAUCUCGACUACGACGAGGCGGACUCCUAUUACGCCCCCAACGCACGCUCGCGCUUUUCACGCGUCUCUCGCCCGCUAAUCGAUUCCGCUCGAAACGGGUGGCAGUCGAAUUCCAACCCCACCUACCACCCCCUCUCCUCUUCCCCCGAUGACAGGGACCCAGACUGUUUGCAAAUAGCCUGCUCUGUCGUCUCCGCGCCGCGAUUCCGCCGCUACGUCCUUCUCUACCUUACACUGUUCACGCUGUGCUGGACCGGCUGGACAUUCAUGAUGUCGCCGGCACUGGAGGAGCGAGAGACGCUGCAGCAAUCGCUGGACCCUACGAAGGCAGAUGUUGGCGGGUGGUUCGGCACGAAUUCCCGGCCACGGUUUGACGAACUGACACACAUUGCUUCCUUGGACCCUGCGCUGGUGCCUGGGCCCGAGACACAAGGGAGUAAGAGUGGUUCAAGGAGUCAGAAGCGAUUGAUUGUGGUGGGUGAUGUACACGGCUGCAAGGAAGAGUUGGUGAAAUUACUCGAUAAAGUCUCAUUCUCUCGCGAAGACGGCGACCAUCUUAUAUUUACCGGCGAUCUUAUCAACAAGGGACCCGACAGCGGAGGUGUUGUGGAUCUGGCGCGAGAACUCAAUGCCUCCAGUGUUCGUGGCAACCACGAGGAUCGGAUCCUUCUUCACCGGGGAAACAUCGAGGCGUCCAAGGAUUUUCCUGCCACCGAAAGCGAAAGCAAAGACAAUGAUGAAUUCUUCUCGUCAAAGGUGCUAGAUGAGCGUGCGCUGGCUUGUUCUCUUAGCAAUGAGCAGGUUGAAUGGUUGAACUCGUGUCCAGUGAUCUUGAAGGUUGGCCAGAUCCCCAACAUGGGCCAGGUGGUUGUGGUGCACGGUGGUCUAGUACCGGGCGUGGACCUCGAGAAGCAAGAUCCCUCGGCUGUGAUGAAUAUGCGGAGCAUUGAUAAGAAGACACAUGUGCCGAGCUCAGACACUGAAGGAGUAAAGUGGGAUAAGAUGUUUGACAAGCAUCAAUCUACGGUCUAUUCGAGUCUCAAGGCAACAUCCAAAGACCCUCGCUCGCAAACAACGACAGUCAUAUACGGACACUACGCCAAACAAGGUCUCAACAUCCGAGAAUACACCAAGGGCCUUGACUCCGGGUGCGUUAAGGGUGGCAAGCUCACCGCACUGAUCAUUGAGGAUGGCGGCAAGCAGAGCAUUGUACAAGUUCGCUGCCACAAGUACCUCAAGGAUUGA